GGUGACAUGGCGGCUUGUUUUUAUAGCCCGGGAGCCCACCACCCAGACGCAUGCUCAUGUUGAUCUUUGGACCUUGCACAUGUGAAAUAAAACACUGCGAGCCGGGAGAGUUUGGCAGCCAUGGCACACAAACAUGCUUGGAGGGGAAAAAACACAGCGUCAGUCUGUCACAUCUGGCGAAUUUACCAGAGGUGGCACAGGAUGAUCAAAAACACGUUUGUCAUUGGAAUGAUCUACUUCAUGAAGAGUGACACUGCACAUCUUUUUUUUUUUAAUGUUGGUCUGUACCCAAUUUCACGGUCUCACCUUCAUUAUAAUCUGUUAGUUAUGUAAUUGUCUUUUGAUGAUUUGGAGAAAACAUCGUACUAGUCCCAAUGUAGAUUGCAUAAGGCUAGAAAUGAUUAAAUGGUGUGGCUCGAGCAGAUAAAGUCUGAUAAAAAUUAUGCGACUCGGAAGCAAACAAGUGAUACAAGGAGCCGCCAGAAAGGAAGUCCUCGCACUUGAGGUCAUACUACGUCCCGUUCAGAAGGACGUCAUCGAAAGCAUCUGCACAAAACAACAAGGACAAGCAAAAAAGCUUGGAGUCAGUUACUGAGCAGAACAUUUUUUUUCUAGGAAAUCCUUGAUCAGUGUGAGGGGGAGCCAUUGAUUUCUCUAAUUAUGGAUUUUAGCAGAGGGGGGUCUGGGAGAGUGUACAGGGUUAAGGAACCUGUCUCCACUGUCCCUAAGGCAAACAAACCUGCAAGCCUUGAGUAAAGUCCAAUUGGGAUCACACACAGACAAAGUAGAGGGGACGGAGCUUUGCGGCAUUCUGACUGACUACUUGAAAAAAAAAGACCCCAGAGUGCAUCCUCCUCAGGCACAAGUCUGGUAUCAUGGAUCUGGUCCACAGCUGGGGUGUGGAGCUGGUGCAGCAUCUGCAGACCAAAUACAGUAGCUACGAAGGUCUGUUCACUCUGGCCUCCACUGUGGCCGACCUUCACACCACCUUCUUCUUCUUCUUCCCCAUCUGGUUCCAUCUGCGGAGGGACACUGCACUCCGGCUCAUCUGGGUGGCUGUCAUCGGGGAUUGGAUCAACCUGGUCCUCAAAUGGGUUCUUUUUGGAGAAAGACCAUAUUGGUGGGUUCACGAUACCCACUUCUACGGGGCAAGAGCGGCCCCUUUGCUGCAGCAGUUCCCCAUUACAUGUGAAACUGGACCAGGAAGUCCCUCUGGUCACGCGAUGGGUGCUGCAGGGGUGUGGUAUGUGAUGGUGACGGCCAUACUCACCAUUGCAGCAGAGAAACGGUGUCCGCCAUUUCUGUACAAAGUCUUGCAUGUGGUUCUAUGGGUGAUCAUGGGCCUGAUGGUGCUGGGGGUGUGCAUGUCCAGGGUCUACAUGGCAGCCCACUUCCCGCACCAAGUUGUCGCUGGGAUCGUCACAGGCGUGAUGGUGGCCGAAGUCAUGUCAAAGCUGAAAUGGAUCUACAGUGCCGGCUUGAGGACCUACGCCUUCACCACCCUCCUCUUGACCUCCUUUGCCGUGGGCUUCUACCUGCUGCUCAAGGCUCUGGGUGUGGACCUUCUGUGGACCUUGGCGAAGGCCCAGAGGUGGUGUGCCAGGGCUGAAUGGGUGCACCUGGACAGCACGCCGUUUGCCAGUCUCCUACGGAACAUGGGCAGCCUGCUGGGCCUUGGCCUGGGCCUGCACUUGCCACCUCUGCAUGGCACCGCCGUUGCUUUCAAGGCGGGGUGCGUUGUCGUCUCUCUCGCGUUCCUCAGGCUCUUGGACGCAUGGACAUUUUCCUCCGAAAACCUGGUGGCUUUCUACUGCUUGUCCUUCGGUAAGAGCGCAGUUGCACUUUUAAUCCCGACAACGUUUGCCCCACGGGCUCUCUGCUGGAUAAGCACAAGAAGCACAGGUAGCAAGAACUUGUGAUCAAUGGGAUGUUUCAUUUUGGUGCUGCAUUGUUUCAUAUAUGGAUUUUGGGCAAUGCUAGUGUGCUGGGAUGGAAACAAAUUGUAGUCCUGUGCUUUGCUUGGUUGCUAAGAGUUAAUGUACAUAUAUUGCUCUUAUAUACAUAUGCCGGAAGCUAGUUUUGAUUUAAAACGAAGGCACAAACUAGCUAAAUGGCUACAUGUUUUGCUACACUUUUUGCUUUCUGGCUUAGGCUUCAUACGUCAUUAUUUUUCAUGUAUUGUUUCUUGAAACCAAAAGUCAAUGAACAAUGAUGUGUUAGGACAGAUCUAAAUAUGACGAUCAACUAAAAAAGUAAAUGAACAACGAUGUGUUAGGACAGAUAUAUAUAUGAAAAUCAACUCAAAACAGCCUCCCUCACUGUCAAGUUAGCUACAUGACAACAUGCUAACUAUGCUAUUUGCAUCCUAGCAUAGGCUUCAUAUAUCAUCCAUUUGUAUUUAUGUAUUCAUUCUUUAAAUGUAUGUGGAACAACUAAAAUAACCUUAUUCACUGUCCUUGUUCUAUUUUUGCACCCCAGCAAUUAGCUUUUUUUUUUUUUUUAGCUCAGUAGUCAGUGUUUGAAUUUAAAAAAAACCCCAACAAAUUAGUCAUUAGCUAACCAAUGAGAGGUUCUCGUAAUAGCCCAAUGUUUUUUUUCCAUGGGCCGCCUUGCACUGAUACUGAUUAAUUGUGCAGGUUAAACAUUAAACUGAGCAUGCGUCACUCACUCGGCCGGCCCACAUAGUGACACAGACUCCAACAUGCGCCAUGGGAUCAAGGAGCACAAUGUGUUGUGGACAACAUGCGUGUCGCAUUAAGAAGUGAGUUAAAUAUAUCAGUCUAGCUUUUACAAAUUGUACAUACUGUUACAGUGAACCAGCUGCUGAAUUGUGUUUCACCAUUUGAGAACUCACCUACUUGCAUUUUUUUGUAUUUAUUUUUUUAAAUAUAGAACCUAACCAAUGACUAUUAGUUGAGAAACUCAUCUAUUUGUGCUUUCUGAAAGGGCCCAAGAUGACAAGUCCUGCUCCUUCAAAGGCGCCAUGUUAGCAGAGGAGCCGGUCGGCUUGACAGCAAGUACAGCUACACGAAUCAUGAGGGAAGAUUCUUUAGAGGUGUGGCAGGCAGCGCUCCUUGUGGGGUUGAUGCCAGAGAAGGCAGGGAGGUAAACAUUUCAUGAUAAUGCAGAGAAUAGUUUCGCUAUAGGGAGCAGUGUUAACAGCUAGCUGUACUAAAGAUAAAGGCUCGUUUGUGAAAUGUUUUGUGAAAGGAGCGUUUAACUGACUCAAAAAUGUAAUAAAAUGACUAAUAGGAAAGUAGUAAGUUGAAAUAGUUUCCAUAGAGGCUGCUAAUUUAAGUCAGUCAUCUGAAUUUGACUGCAUCAUCUGAGUCUAGGUUGUUUCUCAUGAGUCCUUCACCCAAAUCAUCUGAGACAGAGUUCCUUCCAGUUAGUCCGCUAACUCGAGUCAGUCACUUGAAUCAUCUGCCUCCGCGCUGCUUUAAGUGAGUCUGCUAUUUGAGUCAGUCUCCCGAUUCCAUUGAAUUAUCUGGGUAUAUGCUGACUGAAGUCACUGAAGCAAAUCAUCUGAUUUUUUUGAUGACUCUUAACAAUGCUUGCCCAUGAAAAUGUAAAGGGGGACGGCUGUUGAUGUCCUCCCAAGGUGGGUGGAUGUUCGGGACCACCCCCACCGUCUAACCCCGAACCUUUGCUCGCCACUGUUACAUUACAAGGCAGAGCGAUUGAGAAAACAGGGUAAAUGGCUUGAAUGAUGAUUUUAGCCUUCUUUUCUACCACCAUUGUUUAAAUGUGUGAAAUGUCAGUCGAAAAGAAGAUGUUACAGAAGUGAGAGCCAACAGUGGGUGUAAUUUAACAUUCAAACUUUGCUAACAUAUCAUUUAAUUGACUUUCCUGUGGCUCAACUCGGAUUAUGGCACAGACGUACUCUCUUUAUGCUGAAAUGGAUACCACACUGUAGUUGACUAGCAGACUAGUUAUGUUUUGCUAAAUUACUGAGAGGGUUAUAGGGUUGGUGUUGGUUCCCUGUCCCUUCAAGUGGCUAAUCCGCUACUACGCAGUCUUGUGAUCUUCUCUGUACAACUAUUUACCCCAGCCACUUAAUAUAUCCUCUUCAUCCACAGGUUCCACUUGAAUAAUUGUCGUUUAUUUUACGGAAAUCUGAAAAAAAACGGGGGCGCGAAGAUAGUUGUGCUCAGAAUAGAAUUUGUGAAAGAUUGGCAAUUGAAAAAUAUGACUGACGGGGACCAUCUCAUUAUUUACUUUAUUGCUGUUUUGUUUAAUAAUUGUUUUAUUCUGAAAUGCCUUAGUUUAAUUUUAACCCCAAGAUGAAUAAAAAUAAAGGUGUUUUCCUGAUUA